UGUCGCGUGAUGUAUCAUGGAUGACAAGGAAGAGGAUAUAUCGCCUCUCGACAUGUCAUAACUAAAUGUUUCGUGGAAAUUAAUACCAAAUCAAGGCGAAAUGGGUGGAAAGGAGUCCAAGUUGUCGUACAUCCCGUACGAGGAUGUUAUGAAACGAAUACGAGACAAUGAGAUGAAGAGACUCAAAGAUGCUUUUAAGAGGGUGUCAAGUUUUGGAGGGAUGAUGACGGAGACCAUGUUUACAAGGGAAGUGCUGGGGGACGGCGUACCCGACAAUAUAUCACAGCUGCUGUACAAGGGGUUCGGAGGGACAUCUAAGGGCGUGUCCUUCAAGGACCUGCUGACCGGAUUAAUCAUCAUCACUAAAGGGUCAAAAGAGGACAAAAUCAAAUUGAUAUUCGGUAUGUAUGCUGACGAGUCCUACACAUAUGUACAGAAAGAUGAUAUGGACAGACGGAUACUGGAGACAGAAGGACAAGUAUCAACAGCUUUAUCAGAUCUAUUCCUCGAGAGUGACCAGGUCGGCUUCGAACAGUUCCGGUCGUGGUUAUAUCACCAUCCUGACGCCACCAUCAUUACAAAAUGGCUGCUCAUGGAGCCAAUGACGAUAUCCCUGUCUAACGACACAGACACACCCACUUUCUACCAGACCCUGGCUGGGGUCACCCACUUGGAGGAGAGCGACAUCAGCGAGUUAGAUAAACGCUACUGGGUAUUAAAGUCGCAGUCCAAGAGCGGCAAGUUUGACGUUGAGACGUUCAAGGCCCUGGUGUGUCCACCAGUGCCAGAGUCUGUGUGUGAAGGUUUGUUUAAGGCAUUUGAUGAGAAUCGUGACAAUCAUAUUGACUUUAAAGAGAUGGCAUGUGGAAUAUCAGCGUGUUGUCGUGGACCCAGUACAGAGAGGCAGAAGUUUUGCUUUAAAGUAUUUGAUGCCAACCAUGACAACAAGCUGAACCACGCUGAACUGAAGAGUAUGCUCAAUGCUUUACUACUCAUCAGGUUUGAGAGCCGCAGUGGGGCCGAGCUAGAGUCUGACAUGUUCCACAAGAUGGAUCCUCACUCGGUAGCCAGUGAGAUUCUAGCCUGUCACGACACAGAUAAGGGACUCAAGGACACAUAUGUGUCAAAAAGGGAUAACGAAGAACAGGAUAAACACCAGGAUGGCUGUAUCUCCAUGGCAGAAUACCUGGUAUGGACAGUCAACAAUACGCUGGCUGAUGACUUCCUCGAUCUCCUUAGUCAGGUAGGUAUAUACACAACUAAUAAAUACCUGGUAUGGACAGUCAACAAUACGCUGGCUGAUGACUUCCUCGAUCUCCUUAGUCAGGUAGGUAUAUACACAACUAAUAAAUACCUGGUAUGGACAGUCAACAAUACGCUGGCUGAUGACUUCCUCGAUCUCCUUAGUCAGGUAGGUAUAUACACAACUAAUAAAUACCUGGUAUGGACAGUCAACAAUACGCUGGCUGAUGACUUCCUCGAUCUCCUUAGUCAGGUAGGUAUAUACACAACUAAUAAAUACCUGGUAUGGACAGUCAACAAUACGCUGGCUGAUGACUUCCUCGAUCUCCUUAGUCAGGUAGGUAUAUACACAACUAAUAAAUACCUGGUAUGGACAGUCAACAAUACGCUGGCUGAUGACUUCCUCGAUCUCCUUAGUCAGGUAGGUAUAUACACAACUAAUAAAUACCUGGUAUGGACAGUCAACAAUACGCUGGCUGAUGACUUCCUCGAUCUCCUUAGUCAGGUAGGUAUAUACACAACUAAUAAAUACCUGGUAUGGACAGUCAACAAUACGCUGGCUGAUGACUUCCUCGAUCUCCUUAGUCAGGUAGGUAUAUACACAACUAAUAAAUACCUGGUAUGGACAGUCAACAAUACGCUGGCUGAUGACUUCCUCGAUCUCCUUAGUCAGGUAGGUAUAUACACAACUAAUAAAUACCUGGUAUGGACAGUCAACAAUACGCUGGCUGAUGACUUCCUCGAUCUCCUUAGUCAGGUAGGUAUAUACACAACUAAUAAAUACCUGGUAUGGACAGUCAACAAUACGCUGGCUGAUGACUUCCUCGAUCUCCUUAGUCAGGUAGGUAUAUACACAACUAAUAAAUACCUGGUAUGGACAGUCAACAAUACGCUGGCUGAUGACUUCCUCGAUCUCCUUAGUCAGGUAGGUAUAUACACAACUAAUAAAUACCUGGUAUGGACAGUCAACAAUACGCUGGCUGAUGACUUCCUCGAUCUCCUUAGUCAGGUAGGUAUAUACACAACUAAUAAAUACCUGGUAUGGACAGUCAACAAUACGCUGGCUGAUGACUUCCUCGAUCUCCUUAGUCAGGUAGGUAUAUACACAACUAAUAAAUACCUGGUAUGGACAGUCAACAAUACGCUGGCUGAUGACUUCCUCGAUCUCCUUAGUCAGAUUUGCCAUAUAGUAUUAGGACUAAAGCCUCAGAAAAGGGAAGAAGAAGGAAAAAUUGUCAAUGACUGGCUGUCACGGGAGUCGCGGAAGCCGUUCCGUGUGGGACAGGUGUGGUACCUCUUAGCCAUGCAGUGGUGGAACUCCUGGAUAGAAUAUGUCAGUCCUACGGCAGUGGAGGCGAACGUUCUUUUGGACCAGAACGGGAUUGAGAAGGGAUCAUUCCUGGACUCGCCAGUGCACCAUAGAAUAACUAAAGGAAAGCAUCAAUCAAAAACACUUCCCUGGGACGAUGAUUCUGUGAUUGUUGUCAAUGUCACCAAGGGAACUAACUCUGAACUCGGUGGUGCGACCAAUCAAGUUCGUAACCACACGUUACCUCGAGCGUCAAACCAUAGCUCUGUGUAUAGCAGCCCCCUCAGGCACUGUCUAAACCCAGGCGAGUCAACUGUGGUCAAUCGUAGUCCUAGUCCCUCACCUAAACUGCGGAAGAAAAAUGUUCAUUCUUGUAAUUCUGUGCCCCCUCGACCAGGAGCUAUCGACAACAGUCAACUGAUAGCUCUCAAUACCACCAAGGUUUCAUCAUUAACAAAUGAAGGGGGUCGUCUCAAAAGAGAUACAAUGUUAGUGAGAGGAAAAGAUUUUGAGCUAGUCCCUGAGCCGGUGUGGCGAGCCCUGUCCGUGUGGUAUGGCACCGACACACCGCUACCAAGAACUGUGAUAGCCUCGGCAAACAAUGAUGGUAUUCCAGAGCUGGAACUGUACCCUGUGACAGUACGACUACAGCGCCAUCAGAUGCCAAGUCAACGCCCCGCCCACAUGACGACGUUUACCGGGAUGAUGUCAGGCAUUGGUGGUAUGGCAUUAUCGAUGACCAACUUUGUGGCUAACAGCCCCCAGACGCCGCGACGGUUUGUGGCGUACUCGGCGACGUUUAGUCAGCAGCACACCUUACAGCAGGUUUACGAGUUCCUGUGUACGAAACUGAGGCUCAACAGGGAGGACAUGCGCCUUUGGAAAAUAGGACAGAAAGAAGAUAACAUGACAUUGCUGGACGAUGAGAAUACCCUGAUAGAGGAGUGUGCUUUAGAGGAAAACCAGCUCGUCCUCAUAGAGAUUCGUAACAAAGAUCUCACUUGGCCUGAAGAAAUGUCACAACUCGCCAAAAACAAAACAUUUCGCAAAGAUCAAGCUCCUACCCAUAAAGGUGCGACUGGUCUCAAUAACCUUGGUAACACAUGUUUUAUGAACGCUGCAGUCCAGUGUGUGUCCAACACAUGGCCUCUCACUCACUACUUCAUAGGUGGAUUACACCUGUUUGAACUCAAUAGGACCAACCCCUUAGGUAUGAAAGGACACAUUGCUCAACGGUAUGGGGAUCUAGUCAAGGACCUCUGGAGUGGGACUGCCAAGUCAAUAGCACCCCUCAAACUUAGGUGGACGAUAGGAAAAUAUGCACCUCGCUUUAACGGCUUCCAGCAGCACGACUCUCAGGAACUUCUCAGCUUUCUGUUGGACGGCCUUCAUGAAGAUCUCAACAGGGUUCAUGACAAACCCUAUGUUGAGCUGAAGGACAGUGAUGGGCGACCAGACAACACAGUAGCAGAGGAGGCAUGGGAGAAUCACCUGAAGAGGAACCAGUCUAUUAUAGUCGACUUUUUCCACGGUCAGUUAAAGUCUGAGGUCAGAUGUCAGGAGUGUAGCCAUGCCAGUGUGAGGUUUGAUCCAUUCAACUACCUAUCUCUACCCCUACCUAUGGAGAGUUGUAUACACCUGGAGGUCAUAGUGAUGAGACUAGAGGGAACUGUUCCAAAGAAGUAUGGCCUGCGACUGAACAUGGACGAGAAGUAUCGCGCCCUGAAGAGGGAGCUCAGCAAGCUAACAAACAUUCCGUUUGAACAAAUCCUCUUUGUGGAGAUCAUGGGACCGCUUGUCAAAACCCUACCCAAAGAUGAUCAGAAGUUGCGGACAUUACUGGGUGGUGUUCUGUAUGCCUACGAGCUCCCCCCACCUGAGGACAUCAAACCCCUUACUGUAGAGGAGGAAAAGUGCAGUAAAACAAAGAGCAGUUUGGGGCUGAACGACAUACAGAGGGGACUCACAAAAGCCAAAGUCCAGGCAAAGUUAACCAAUGGCAAUGUUCCUUCAAUGAGUCUGUCUACAAGUUCAGACAUUGGGUCACUGUCCACUGGAAACACACCGUCACAUUCCCGUAACCCUAGCGAUGCAGGAAUGAUGGGAAGUCUGAACGGAACACCAGAAAACAACAACAGUAUGGCUCGCUCUAUAGGUGAUCAUCUCUUUAAAGGAUUCGUCAUCAGCGUCCACAGGAAAAUGAACCUGAUGGACGUAUACUUCCUGUCCUCUCAGAAGACACGCCCAUGUUUGUUCGGGACACCAAUUAUCCUUCCAUGUUCUGAGAAAACCAACAACCUUGACCUUUAUCAGUUUGUGUGGACUCAGGUGUCCCGCCUAGUCAGCCCCCUACCCCCCUCAGAGGCCAAAUCAGCAAAUCAUGCUCAGGACUGUGACGACAGUCUUGGUUACGAGUACCCGUUCACGCUGAAGGUGGUACAGAAGGACGGCCUGACGUGUGCCUGGUGUCCCUGGUACAGGUUUUGCCGAGGAUGUCGACUUGAAUGUACAGCGGAUCCUUUUAACUUUGGGAGUUCAUUUAUAGCCAUUGAUUGGGAACCCACAGCACUCCAUCUUCGCUACCAAACCUCACACGAAAAAUUAUGGGAGGAGCACAGUAGUGUAGAGGAGAGUCGCCGGCGACAGACAGAGCCGAUAGACCUGGAUACGUGUCUCCAGGCAUUCACCAAGGAAGAGGAGCUCGGUGAGGAGGAGUUGUACUACUGCUCCAAGUGUAAAAAACAUUGUCUGGCUAUCAAAAAACUGGAUAUUUGGCGAUUACCCCCAAUACUGAUAAUAAACUUAAAAAGAUUCCAAUUCCUAAAUGGCAAAUGGGUCAAGUCCCACAAGAUUGUCAAGUUCCCUAUAGAGGAUUUCGACCCUUCAAAUUACAUUGCACCAACCAGGAAAGCUCACAACAAAAGUCAGAAUUCCACCACCACCACCAGUACCAGUAUCUCCUCUGAUGAGAGCCUCAGCCAAAGCAACCAUUGCUGUCAGAAUAUAAACACCACCACCCACCCAAACCCUGUGCCAAACGAGCGCAUGUGGGGCUCCGUCUCCAGCGGAAUCUCCUCCGACGAAUCAGGUUCUGUUAUGGAUACCAGUGACUACAGUCAGAUGAAUGGUGACAGUAGGACAGGGGACAGCAGCGAGUCUUCCAGCCUCAGCAAGCCCUGCCAACUGUGUGCAGCCAACCGUGGCAAUGACUACUCCAAUGUCAAAUAUAACCUAUAUGCAAUGUCGUGCCACACAGGGAUACUUGGUGGGGGACAUUAUGUUGGAUAUGCAAAGAACCCCAACAAGAAGUGGUAUUGCUAUAACGACAGCAGUUGUAAGGAGAUACCUGUGGGUAGCCUUGACACCAACUCCGCCUACAUCUUAUUUUAUGAACAGCAGGGCUUAGAUUUUGCCAAAUUCAUGCCAGAUCUAACAGGAAAAGAACCAGAUCUUCAGGAGAUAGAGGAUGAGUUUGAAUCAGACUUUAAAAAGAUGUGUGUUCUCCAAUGACACAGCACCAGUGCUGUACUGUAACCUGCUGUAACUAACCCUGUACUGUAGUAAUCCUCAACAGGACAGAGUUAGCCUCAACACUCACAUUAAGGAAUCAAAAAGUAAUUAAGGCAAUCCAAAUCAAGAAAUGUGAUUCCUUAGAAAUAUGUGAUGUAAUGAUUAUUGGUUUGAAAUGUGAGUCUGUGUGUAGAUAAAUUUACAUGUGCAGGAGUACAGCGGAAUCAUUGUCUAUAUAAUUCAGUGUUACAGUUUGUGAUGGUCAUUGUCACCUCAUCAUUGAUAUGCAGAACUGUCCUCAAGUUUUCUCACGACGUUAUUCUUAUCACUGCUAUGAUAUGCUUAAGUUUCAAAGUUAGAUACAUCCUUCGAAGAUGGAGAUUUUAAUGAUGUAGUGUGGCAAGUUUGAUGUCAAAGCAGAGCUACAACUAGUGUAAGGACAGAGAAUUGAUAGAUAAACAGGAAUUAAGUAAGGACCAGUACAGGCGGUCACUGGGUAGAGGAAGUUACAGUAUUAUGACACAUAGCAGGCCACAGCUGUGAAGAGGAAGUUGUCGCUGUGGAGAGUAUAUUCUGAAGAUAAUUAACCAGUUAUUAUAGGUCACGAAUUUGUAUACCGUAUUACUUUCAUUUAUACUUCUGUUGCUGUUAGCUAUGCUCCAUACUUAUCUGUGUCAGAACAAAGAUGUAUAUCUCUUACUCACAUGUAUAUGUAUAUCACCGUGACAACUGUUGCUAACAGUUAUAUGUGGUUAUCACUAUGACAACCAUUGUUAACAGAUGUGUUUGUUUAUCACCACAACAAUCAAUGUCAACAAGAAUGUGUGUUAUUAGCACAACUACAAUAGUCAACAGCUAUUUGUGGUCAUCAGCAUAACAACCAUUGUCAAAUCAUGUCGAAUUAUCACUAUGACAUCAGUUGUCAGAAGUUGUGUUUGGUUAUCACCAUGACAACCAAAUAACUGGUUAUUUGACUGAUCAUUAUACCAUCAACUGGUCAUGGUUGAUAUAGUAGACUGAUCAUUAUACUGUCAACUGGUCAUGGUUGAUAUAGUAGACUGAUCAUUAUACUGUCAACUGGUCAUGGUUGAUAUAGUAGACUGAUCA